AUGUUGAUUGAGGCAGGAAAAGUCUACACGAAGACCAUAUUUGAAGAGUUUCAAGAGGAAUAUGUUGAUGCCCUUGAAUUAUGCAUUAUAGAUCGCCUUGAUCAUCUUCAAGAAGCUGAUUGUAUCUUGUACCUAAUUGUAGCUGAUAGACUACGUCAAGUGAAAAGAGAUAGAGAUGGUAAUCUGUCAUAUUCUUGUAGAUUGUUUGAAAUGAGAGGUGUCCUGUGCAGCCAUGCUAUUAAAGUCCUUAAAGAUGCAAUGAACAUUAUGGAAAUCCCAAGUCAAUAUAUCCUAAAAAGGUGGACAAGAGUAGCUAGAGCUGAAGUAGUACAAGAUUAUCGAGGACAUGAUAUUGAGGCUGACCCAAAGCUGGAAAAGAAUACCCGAUAUAAGUCAUUAUGCUCCCUCUUUAACAAGAUUGCAUCUAGGGCCUCUGAAUUGAAAGAUACGUAUGAGGUGUCUAUUGAGCAAGGCACAAAGUUGCUUCAAACUGUUGAAGGCAUGCUACAAUUCCACACUAGUUGCGAAACAGUUGGCAUGGGUGAGAGCAAGGAAAAGCAAGGUUGUGCGGAUAAUGAAAAUGCUAUCAAACCCAAAGGACUAAAGAAGAGGAUUGUUUAUGACCGUAGAAGGCGACGGAUUAGAAGUAGCGUGGAGAAGGCAUUGGCCGUGACGAGACAAAAAAGACAUUCAUCUCAGUGUCCUCAACUACCCAAUUCGAUGCCUGCAACAUGGAAUGCUUCUGCUGUGGCAUGUUUUGCACCAUCUCAGUAG